CAACAGGAAAUAUUUUUGGCAGUACAUUUGCUUCAUCUGCUAAUUUACCUCCGACAACUACCGGUGGUGAAUUUACGUUUGGUACCAAACCGGCUGGUAGCUCUAGUAGUUUAUUCAGCACUCCAACGACUACAACAUCAUUAGCAACAGCAGUAACAACAACGGCUUCUGCAAAUACAACUGCAUCAAUCUUUUCUUCACCGCUUGGUCUUGGUGCAAAGCCAUCUUCAUUGUUCGCCAGUUUAACAUCACCAAUGACAACGAUAACAUCAGUGUCUACUACAAAUACGCAGUCAAGCAAUGGAGGUCUUUUAUUUGGGACUACAUCUGCAACAACCGCAGCAAAUACUAGCUUAGGAUUUGGAUCAUCAGUUACAACAACAACCGUUGCAACAACCAGUAUAGCUCCAUUUUCUUUCGGUACCUCGACUUCCAGUAGCCAGCCUUCUGGUUCUUUGUUUGGAUCCACAGCUUUGCAACCAACUGCUACUGUUUCUGCUACUUCAGCUGUUGGUACUUCGCCGACUAGCCUAUUUGGCCAGAAAUCAGCUUCAUGCGGUUUGUUUGGUCAAGUCAUUACUGCAGCAUCUAGCACCGUCCCAACAACUGGAUUUCUGUUUGGUUCUCCUACCACAGCAAAAUCAACAUUUGGGUUACCUGCGGUAGUUAACACUGCAUCUACUGCUACUGCAAUCACUACUACUGCAGCGCCGGUAUUAUCUUUUGGUUUUAACACUACAACCGCUGUGAGUGGAAAUACAGCACCAUCUUUAUUUAAUUCUACUACAUCUUCAUUAACUACAGCAACUACUGCACCUGCUGUCGUAUUUGGAUCUGCUACUUCCGUGGCAGCUCCCCCAUUUGCCGGAUUGUUCGGAACUAAAACUACAUCAAGCAUGACAUCUGCGACAACUGCAACUUCGAUGUCUGGAUUAAACGUGCCUGGAUCAGCAGCAACAACGACCUCAGCUGCUAUCACUGCAUUUUCUUUUGGUUCUUCAGUUCUCUCACCAACAUCGAGUAUACUGCCAUCAACACAGCCAGUAGCGAGCAUAACUUCAGCCGCUUCAACAAUGCCAUUAUUUGGAGUUGCAUCGCAGACUGCAGCUGCUAUUACCACUGCAGCAAGUAAUGGAUUUGCCUUUGGACAGUUGACAGCAACAACAGCAUCGACAGUGGUAACAGCGGCGACAAAUACUGCCUCAUUACCAAUUAUGACGUCUUUUUCACAGUCCGCUACAACUACUCCCGGUAUGUUUACCGCAAGUACAGUGACAUCCAGCGGUUCAACAUUAUCUUCAUUGUUACAUCCGUCGAAAACAACUGCAGUUACUUUACCAGCAAUUGCGUCUAUCUUAACAGCUACAACUACUGCUUCAACAAUAGCUUCAAGUGCUUUGGCGAGUGCUGUUCCUGCUGCUACUGCAAUCACAUCUGAUAAGCCGAUCACAUUUGCACAACUGGAGCAACUUAUAAAUCGUUUAACACUUGACGUCGAAACACAGCAGCGUGUUUUCAUGUCCCAAGUUCUGGAAUUGAAUGCAUUUGAUCGUGUUUUGCGAGAAAAUCAGCAAAAGGUUCUUGAUGUAAGCGAAGAGAUUAAGCAAUUGGAAGAAGAGAAAGACCGGUUUUUGCACGCCGUCGAUUUUAUUUCUCAGCAACAAACUGAACUUGAAGCUUUAGUUGUUGAUCUGGAAAAAGCAUUAGGUCUUAGUGAUUGGACGGAAAUGACACCAAUUGGAUUGCCAGAUCCGGGUGUAGCCACUCAUGCUGAUUUGCAGCGACAGGCUAUGUUGCAAUUACAGCUACAAAUUGAUGCGCAGCUAAAACAAGCGGAUGAUGACAUCAGUGACAUUAUCGAACAGGUCAAAGAACUACAAAGAACUAGUGUAGGUAUUGAUGAUCAAGCUGAAACGGCAGACCAAAUCGCGCAAAUUCUUAGGCGUCAACUGGAUGCUUUGCAAUGGAUUGAUGAACAAAGCUAUUUGGACAGCCGGAGAUGUACUUCUGAUCUUGCUUUAUGUUUAUUCGUUUUUUUGGAGAAUUUCAUAGGAUUUCAGGAGCCAAAUUGCGAGGAAUUUCAACGUGCUUUUCCAAAUAUCAGUAUUUUUUCUUGGAUACAUUUUGAAGGAAGAAAUUUUGAAAAUCUUCUUAUAAUAAUAAAACAUGUUCUUCUAUCGAGACAAAAUAAAAGGCCAACAAUAUCACUGGAAUGUGAGAAAGUUCGAGAUUUUGAAACACUUGAAAAUGCUAUACCGAUUGUCGAUGUCGUCUUUGUGUCGAAAGAUUUUGCACGGAAGAAAGGUUUCCAAAAUAAGGAAGAAGCUGUAUUUGGUAUACAACAAAAAUAUGGUGCUUCACGUGCCAUUGUAAUUUGUCCAUGGGCCGAACAGGGACGUGCUAAUGAAUGCUUCACGAAUUACUGGCAAAAAAGUAGCCAGACGAGGACUGCUUGGAUUAGAUGUAAGUUAAAGAAACAGAUGAUGAAUAAAUGCGAAAUCUUAGUUUGGACAUAA